CGAGUUUUUUGGAUCCAAAGUCUCUGUACGUGGAUCUAGAGCGUCUCCUUUCUUCAAACCCUAAUCAAACAAUCGCCCCUCUUAUUUAUUUUUCAAAUCAAAAACAAAUUUUCUUUUUUGGCGGGACAAAUUGAGGAUCUUCACUUAAAUCACCUAAGUUUUUAAACCCUAGCUACAGUUUUUUUAAUCCGAUUGCGAUCUUAUUCGAGCUAGGGUUUACUCUUUCUUUUUUCUUUUCCUCGGUCAUUUCUUAUUGUUUGGUUGUUGGUGAAUCAAGGGAUGUCUCGGUGUUAUCCUUAUCCUCCACCGGGGUACGUAAAGAACGGUAUCCGCGAUGAGGCACUGAUUGAAUCGAUUAAGAUUCAGAGAGAAGAAGAGAAGGCCAGGAAAGAAAGGAAGAAAGAAAAGAGAGAUAGGAAAGAGAAAGAACGGGAGAAGAAAGAAAGAGAUAAGGCCCGGGACAGUGGAGAAAUUCAAAGUAAGAAGCAUGGUCGUAAAAGGCAUAAAGAUGAGAGGAGCCAAGAAGAUAAAAAAGGAGACCAUCAAAAGAGAAGAGAAAAUGAAGCUGACAGUUUUGAGAAGAGUACAAUUACUGAAGAACAUGGUCAGGCUGUGGGAUCCCAGAAUUCUUCUGAUAGCACCCUUAACAGCAACAAAAGACAGAAGCUGAGUUUGCCUCCUGACAGUGGGCAUAAUCCUGGAAGCAUUAUCCGGAUCCGGUUGCCUUCUCAAAGGCAUAAAGAUCCUGAAGUGCUACCCAGCAAGGAACAGUCCUGCUCAACCUCAGGAAGGAUUGAUGAUGCCUUUGUUCAAGGGAUGCAUGAACAUGCUCCUAGACCAGGCAGAGAACUGGAAGAACAUCCUUAUUCUACUGCCAGUAUUAGACGCCCAGAACUAACUAUCAAGCUUAGCAAAGAAAAACUUUGCUCCUCUUCUGGUGCAUCAGAGAGUCUUGCUCACAAUGCUGAAGCAUCGUUACCAUCAAACUUGUGUAGCAGUUGCUCUCCUACACUAGCUUUAGAAUUAAAAAAUCUUGUGGAGGAUUGGGUUGUGCCUACACUGCAGACUGAGCGAACCAGUUUUGGUGAGGAGGACUGGCUGUUUCAGAAGAAGCAGAAUCUCAGUAGUGGGAUUAAAAGCAGCAACGAAGGAAAUCUUGGCUUGAGUCAAAUAAACUCACCAACUUGGCCACAUGCUUGCUACUUGCCUGAGGCUGAUGUAUAUGCAUUACCUUUCACAAUACCAUUCUAAAACUGUGUGCAAAGUGCUGAAUGGUGUUAUACUCUGUCCUUGGCGCUGAAAGUGUGAAGGGUUUGUUACCAGCAUUUCAGCUCCGUACGUUUGGUGGUGGGACUUGAACUUCAAUUGAUGAGUAUAAAUUUUGUGCGGCAACCUGGACAGAAAAAUGUCUUGAGAUUAGCAGAGGCUUGUUCUCUUUACCUUCUAGAUUAGUUAAAAAGGGUAUUGAUGUAUCACAUGUUCAAUUCAUUGGAGAAUAUAUGUGUAUUAUUCUUUGUUCAUGGUCAUGAUUUUGGGCAGCUCAUUGUCAGCUCAUUGUGAAUAGCGCAGUUUUCUUUCCUGAAUUGUUUCAGUGAUCAGCUACAUUGGGGAAUGGGGAUUCAAGUGGUAAAUGAAAAUACUUAAUUUGGAUAUGGAAAUGCGUCCUUUG